AUCAUUUUUCAGUUUAAUCUAUUUUUGAAUUAUUGGAAUCAAUUUUUGGUUCAGUUUGAACACCUUCGGCAUGCUUUCUGGGGAGAUACGGGUUCAAGUCCGUUGCUUGGAUCUCCGGCGGCGCUCUUCGCAUUCUCCACAAACGACAUGACGGAGAGUACUGAGUGAGUAGUCAAUGACCUAGUUAAAUUACAGAUACAGCGCUUUCGAUUUGCAAACGACAGCGAAGAUGUAUCGUAUCGGUCCCAGAACCACAGCAGUUUUCCUUACACCCCACAAUCAGCGUUUGGUCACAGCCACAACGACAGCUCCCGGUCCUUCAAACGACGUCGUCCGCAUGGGCGAUAAAGCAAUCGCAUACCUGAAACGACAUCCUCAAAACCUGGCAUCACUGUCUCCCCACUUCACUCCCGAAGCAGCCUCCUACGUUCUUCUCAACUCCCAAAUCGACAAACGCACCCUCCUCAAAUUCCUUCACUGGGCCAAAGCCAAAGCCCAAGCCCAAGCCCAAGCCCAAGCCCACCACCAUUUUCUCACGCCCCAUUGCAAGUGCCUGGCUCUUCACAUCCUCGUUCGCUUCAAGCUCUACAACACCGCCCAGUCCCUCGUCGAAGACCUAGUCGUCGACCUCGACGACCCCACCGGCGCCGUCGUCUUCCGCCACCUAAACGACACCUACCACUCUUGCAAUUCCAGCUCCGCCGUCUUCGACCUCGUCGUCAAGUCCUUCUCUCGCCUCAACCUCUUCCACCAGGCCCUCACCAUCCUCAGCUUAGCGAAACGACACGGCUACUCCCCCGGCGUCUUGUCGUACAACACGAUCCUCGACUCAAUUUUGAGACGCAGGUCCCACCAAUGUUCCAUCAGCGACGCCGAACGCGUGUUCAACGACAUGAUCCAAAACGGCGUGUCGCCGAAUGUGUACACUUACAAUGUCAUGAUUCGCGGCUGUGUUACAAGAGGGGAUUUGGAAAGGGGAUACGAGUUUGUGCGUGAGAUGGAGAGGGGAGGGAUUUCGCCCAAUGUGGUUACUUAUAACACGUUAAUAGAUGCGAGUUGCAAGGAGAAGAGGGUGGAGGAGGCGAUUGAGUUGUUGAGAGCGAUGGCAGCGAAGGGCGUGGCGGCAAAUUUGGUUUCUUAUAACACUGUGAUCAAUGGAUUGUGUAGAGAAGGAAGGAUGAGUGAGGGUAGGGAAGUGAUUGAGGAGAUGAAAAGGAAGGGGUUGGCACCUGAUGAGGUUACUUAUAACACACUUGUCAAUGGCUUUUGCAAAGAAGGGAAUUUCCAUGAGGCGCUUAUUCUUCAUUCCGAGAUGGCUGGUAAGGGUUUGUCUCCCAAUGUUGUUACUUAUACUACUUUGAUUAAUAGUAUGUGCAAGGCUAGGAAUUUGAGUCGGGCGAUGGGGCUUCUCGAUCAGAUGCGUGUUAGGGGACUUAGUCCCAAUGAGAGGACUUAUACAACUUUAAUUGAUGGGUUUUGCCAGCAAGGGUUGUUGAGCGAGGCUUAUAAGGUUUUGAGUGAAAUGAUUCUUAAUGGAUUCUCGCCUUCGGUUAUAACUUACAAUGCACUUAUCCAUGGAUAUUGCUUUUUGGGGAGGGUUGAGGAAGCGAUGCGGAUAUUGAGGGAUAUGGUUGAGAGGGGGUUGUCUCCUGAUGUUGUCAGUUAUAGCACUGUGAUAUCUGGGUUUUGCCGAAACAGUGAGCUGGGGAAAGCAUUCCAAAUGAAGGUGGAGAUGGUUGAAAAGGGAAUCUUGCCUGAUGCGUUUAUGUACUCAUCACUUAUUCAAGGGCUCUGUAUGCAGCGAAAACUGUUGGAAGCUUUUGAUCUCUUCCAAGAGAUGAUGCACAGGGGUCUCCCGCCUGAUGAGGUUAUUUAUACUAGUUUGAUAAAUGCUUAUUGUUUUGAGGGUGAAUUGAGUAAGGCUCUUUGUUUGCAUGAUGAAAUGAUACAAAAGGGGUUUUUACCUGAUGACGUUACUUACAGUGUACUUAUAAAUGGACUUAAUAAGAAAGCUAGGACAAAAGAAGCAAAGAGGCUUCUUCUGAAGUUGUUUUAUGAAGAGUCUGUACCAAAUGAUUUAACAUACAAUACGCUGAUAGAAAACUGCAGUAAUAAUGAAUUUAAGAGUGUGGUAGGUCUUGUCAAAGGAUUCUGCAUGAAGGGUUUGAUGAAUGAAGCAGAUCAAGUUUUUAAGGAAAUGCUUCAGAGGAAUCAUAAACCUAAUGCAGCAAUAUAUAAUUUAAUAAUACAUGGACAUUGUAGAUGUGGAAAUGUUCGUAAGGCAUAUAUUCUGUAUACAGAGAUGGUGCAUUGUGGUUUUGUUUCUCAUACAGUGACUGUAAUUGCUCUCAUGAAAGCUCUAUCUAGGGAAGCGAUGAAUGAUGAGCUCAGUUGGGUAUUGCAAAACAUAUUGAGGAGCUGUAAGCUCAAUGAUGCUGAGCUAGCUAAAGUGCUUGUUGAUGUUAACUUUAAAGAAGGUAACAUGGAUGCUGUUUUGAAUGUGCUAACAGAAAUGGCCAAGGAUGGCUUGCUACCUGAUGGUAGAAUGUAUCCGUAUUCUCCAGCUAGCAGCACCUAAUAUUGUUUGUUUUGUGUGUGCUGAACCGUGUUACGAUGAAAUUUGAACUGGGGUGCUGACCCUUUUAGAUAACCUCUAGCAUGAUUGGGCUUGGACUUUGGAGGCAUGCAAUGAGGAAAUGAAAUACUCCUUGCUAUGAAUUACUUUCCAGGAGAUGCACAAUUAUCUAUGACCACCUUCUUGACUAGGUUGUUGGGAUUUAUGUCUUAUGAAUUUCAAUAAAUUUCAAAUCGAUGCUGCUGAAGUCGAGAAAGUAUUCUCUAACAUUCACCAUUUAUUGUGGCACUUCAAUUGUAAAUUAGAAUCUUACUAUAACAUCCCAAAAUUUUACUAUUUCUAAAUUAUAUUGGCUUAACUAAAUUAGAAUUUGAUAUCAUCUGAAAGUUAAAGAGGAAAACACACUUAGCAAAAUUGACUAAAAAAUGGAGCAAUUUAGGAAAAAAUUGGGCAAUGCAAGAAGAGUAUGACCCAAAUUUUAGUAGAGAUUAAUUAUUCAAGCCAUUUGAAGUGGUUCUAAAUUAUCUAAAUUAAUGAUUUUAAGAAUUAAAAUUAGUUAGG